AUUACCCAUCCCUGGCCAUUAUAAACCAGUCCUUAAAGAAAUGUUUUUUUAGGUUAUGUCAAAUUUGCGCCGCUUGUUUCGCGCAGGAAUGUAAAAUGUGUAUAUUGAAUAUAUAAUUCCAAAACGACGAAAAGUAUACUAAUUACUACUUUCUCGAACGUGUCUCGACAAAUAGCAACACGAUGUCUUUGUAUUUACGUCCCAUUCUAAGAAUAUUACAAAGGACGCAUAGUAAGAACUUUAGUACUGUAACCAAAGUAAAGGAUGAGCAAACGAGUCAAGUAUGCUCCUUCCGUACAAUCGAGAACAAUCCAGCUAAUCAUAAUAUGAAUCACAUUGGCAGACUAUACACGAUACCAACAGACAUUCAGCAGCAGUUGUUUCAAUAUGGUGGUUUUCCUACAAAAUUCAUAACACAAGCUGUUACCUUCCAAGAAUAUACAAUAAUGGUCAGAGAACCAGCGGUUGAAAUUAUAUCGUUUCUUGCACAGGCAGAUUAUACACGUCCUGCCAAUAAAUAUGUUUUGUAUGGAAAACUUGGAGUGGGAAAAAGUAUUACAUUGUGUCAUGUAUUACACUAUGCUUUUCUGCAGAAAUAUAUAAUAGUUCACGUACCAUGGGCUCGUUAUUGGUUCUAUCGUAUGAAGGAAGUUGCGAACUCGGUAUUAUUACCAGGUUGUAUGGAUCUGCCAAUUGAUGCUGGAUUUUGGCUAAAACAUUUUAAAGCUCAGAAUAUUACGCUGCUGUCACAAUUGGACCUCAAAACAUCCAAAGAUUAUAUAUGGAAUCAACGUGAAAUGACCUCACAAGGAACACCUAUUCUGGAGCUCAUUGAGUUUGGCAUGAAUCGUAUAAAAUAUUCCUGUGGUGUAGUAGAUGCGUUAAUGAAGGAAUUAAAACUCGCCAGCACUGCAGGAAAAUGUAAAACAAUUGUUGUGAUUGAUGGUUUCAACGCAUUUACAUCAGAUUUUACAAAAAUUUAUGAUGACAACAAAGCGGUAGUGCCACCCAAUAAGGUUUCCUUGGCGAUACCAUUUUUGGAUAUGACAAAGGAUGAUUGGUGCAAUGGAGCAAUCGUAUUAUCGACAGACAAGCGUGCAACUCGUAUUGUUCGUGAAGACUCUGAUCUUCCCAGAUAUCUGCUUGGCAAGGAAGGCUUUGAGCAUUUAGAUCCCUUUAUACCCGUUCUAGUCGACGACUAUAGUCCUGCGGAAUUUGACUCUAUAAUAGAAUAUUACAAAGAACGCAAAUGGAUCAGAAAAAUAACACCUGAGAGUCAAAAAGAGUUAGAAAUCAUCACUAAUAGAAACCCCCUUAUUUUGAUGGCUCAAUGUAACUUUUUAUAAAGAAAAUCUUGUAUCAUAAAGAUAUUUGCAAUAAAGUUUCUUGAGUUUUCUCUUAA